GGCGCGCCCUGGUCUUGCUGGGCUGAGCGGACUCCCGCAGGCACACUUCGCAGAAGCCCGGAGGGGACGCCGCGCCCCAGCAUCCGGGUGGCCCCGGCGCAUCCCGCUUAGUGCCCGCGGGGCUGCGGGACCCUGGGAAGCCCGAGCAGCAAGGGCGCUGCCUCGGCUGCCAGUGGCAUCUCGCGUGGGCCGGGCCGGGGAAGGGGUGGAGAGGGGUCGUCCCCGCCGAGCCCCUUCCCGAGCCGGGGCGCCCCGGGCCCCUCGGCCGGCCAGCCAUGGCUGACAGCGGUGGCACAGGCAGCUCGGGCCCCUGGUGGAAGUCGCUAACCAACAGCAGGAAGAAAAGCAAGGAAGCUGCGGAGGCGCAGCCGCCCGCCCCGCCCGCACUCGGGGAGCCCGCGCCGCCCAGCCCAGACUGGACGGGCGGCGCGCGCGAGAACCAGCACCCCAACGUCCUCGGGGGCGCCGGCGAGCCCCAAAAGCCGGACAAGAGUGGGGACAAAUCGGGCAGCAGCCGCCGCAACCUGAAGGUCUCGCGCUCUGGCCGCUUCAAGGAGAAGAGGAAAGUGCGCGCCACGCUGCUCCCGGAUGGCAGCGUGGGGUCCGCGGAGGAGGCGGAGCUGUCCGGCAACCCUCCGGGGGGCGCGCAGUAACCGCAGCCCCCGGGCCCUGUGCCAGGUGUUUCACCCUGCCCGGUUCACAAUAGUCACACAAGGCCUCCAGGAUUCUGUUUUCUGGACGAGUGAAGUGUCCGUUGAAUUUUCUGUAUUCCAUGACCCGAGGACGCAUUAAAUAUUUAUUUCUGGUAAGAGGAGAUACCUGCGGCUGAGGAAGAUGGCAUAAUUUUUGUCCCCCCACCCACGCAAAAAAAAAAAAAAAAAAACCGGGGGGCCUGGCCCCGCCUCUGGUCUGUGGGCGGGAGGAGGCGAUGGCCGCUGAACCUGAACUCCGCAUCCCACUGGUGAAGGGGGUGAGCUCCGAGGACCCUGGGAAGCGAGUCUCCGCACUGCCGUGGGUGCCCCAAGGUCAAGGCCGAAGCCCCUUCCCCGGCGGCCGCCUGCCACACAGGACACGAGAGCGACCGCUCUGGCGCAGGGGCGAUUCCCACGAGCGGGCCGGCCUCGGAUGUGGACCCAGGACGCGGUACCGCCGGUCUGAGCGGGCACCCUUCAAAUGCGUACACUGCAAGACUUCCGGAGAAGCACAUCCAGACGCAGGCAUGCCAAGACCGAGGUGACAGAGUGAAUCAUCUGCCACCCAGCGAGGGCGGCAGGGAGGAGAGAGCCGGGCGGGGGGCCCCUUAGCCGGGCGGCCCACCACAGCGCUGGGGCCGGGACCGGUUCUGGAUCCUCAGUGCUCCUAUUUCAGUGCCUUUUCUAGAGUGGCCCAAGUCACACUGCUCGCCGCACGUCCUUUCCCGUCGCCAUGGUGAACAGCCCUCUGAUAGUACCCAGGUGGACUGACUCGGGCUGGGCAAAGCCAGCUUGUUCCCCUGCCCUCUGCUUCAGGGCUCCUGUGUUCGCUCCACGGGGCACAUUUGUCCAGUCUCAACGCCUGUAGAUCAGCCUGAGGAAUACAGAACAAAAAUUUACCUAUUUGCUUUUAUUAUGAGCUCUCGUAACAGGAGUGAACGGAUAGCGCUUGCUUGCAGCAGGUGACAAGUGAUACUGCAGUCCUGAAGAAGGGGCAGUGGGCUCUCUUCCCUCCAUAGUGCAGGGCCAGACCUGGUGUUGCUGGCCCUGGGGCCACAGAAGGCGGCAAAAUCAGAAGGUCCGGCCUUGCCAAGGCAACCACAGGCGGAACUCGAAAUUCAAUAAACCUAUAGCAGGCUAACUGAUGCUUCUGCGUGGCCCAGGAGUGAUGUUAUAAAUCUCCACAGGGCCCUUGAUGGAAACCUGGUCCCCCACCCCUGAUGGAAAGAGGAUGGGCUUUUAAUUUCUCUCAAAUUAGUAGUUUAAGCAAUCAACCUGUUUUGUUAUUUUAUAAACAAACUUCACAAAGAUUGAUAAGGAUGGCUGGGUUGAAUUGAAGUUAGUGACUCAGCGUGGGUACCAGCAGCAUAACAGUGUACCUACCGCUUGUCACACGGCUGUACACAGACCCAAUGCCUUUUUCUAAAGGGAGGUUCUUACAUGGACACUGCAAACAGUUUACACUAGAAGAGACAGUAUGGAAGAGUAUUUCUAAGCAUGAAAAGUCUUCUUGCGGUAUAUUUAGGACGGGGAAGGAUGUGACCACAGGCUCAUCAGGGUGGGCUUCCUAGAAGAGGAAGGCAUUAUAUAGAUUUGAGAUGGGCUCAUGUUCUCUAGAGGAAGAAGAAGGAGCUAAGAAAGAAGGCCAUAGUAAGGGAGGGGAUUGUGGGCUGGAACUAAGCACAGCAGGUGUCAAGGAGAGCUUGGGAAACCCUCAUAGGUACGUCAGUUUCACUGGAGAAGUCAGGUAGAGGUAUGUAGUCUCCUGAAAGCCACCUGAUUGGGCUUGCACCCCGUCUCAGAGUCAGCUCUGCCCGGUUUUACAGUUACACAGGUGUAUCAGUUUUAUCAACUUUAAAACCGUCUUUUCUUACAAGUUCCUUUAGAGGCACAGACCCUGGCAUUCUGCCAGCUUCCGUGUCAGGCUCUGCCCCCCCCCCCAGUCCACCAGGAGCAGACCUAUGGCGUGGAACUGAUUAGCGCGACAUCCUUACUCCCCUGUUCCAGAAGAAAACCGUGCCACACAGUUAUGACAGUGAAUGCAGUUCACAAUCCGCCAUUGAGCUUGGUAGCUGCAGCCUUUCAAAGCAGUCUAAAUUACGCAGUGGGAAGAAUACACUGAUUUCAUCCCAACUCGGUAGAAUCCGAACCCCAACAAAAUGGGUGAGAUAAAAAGAUCACGAGGGAGAUGAGAUCAUUUGACGAAGCGUCUUGCAGGAAUCUCUGCGCUCUAGAUGGCUCAUCCCCAUAAUGUAUACAACCUAAAAAUUCUCAACCUUGACAUAAUUUAACCAAAUAAAAGGAAAAUGGUGAAUAAAGCUGGAGUUAAGUAGAUUAGAAAUUUUUGUUCUCUUUCAACCCCCUUACAAAUGAAAUUUCACCUAAUAUUCGGAAACUGUCAAAAAGUUUUAGAUCUGAGCUACUAAAUGGUAUGAGAAGAGGAACAAAACUCUAGUGGUAUGUUCGCUGCAUACGUCCGUGCUGCACACGUCCCUAGCCAAGAUAAUUCUCUGCCCUGAGUGGUUUUGCCUCAGUGAGUCUCCUUGCAAACUCUGUGGCUGAGCAGGGACUCAUAUUACAGGUCACCUGAAGGCCCCUUUGUGUUGGUGCUUCUGCUCAUCCCCUUCUGACUUGCAUUUCAAGAGCACACACUGGAAUUUGCAUCCGUGUAGUGCUUGCUGGGGGGCGGGAGGGGGGCACCUGUAGAUGUUUUUUCUACUUUGAAAUACUGUGUGAACUCUGCCACUCUGGCCCUGCCUGCCUGUAGAAGGACACUAAACCUCAUGCACAAUGCACAAAAGCCCUGGCUCAGGUUUUGCUACUGAGUUCUUUUCCUGGGAUACACAGAAGAAAAAUUUAAUGCCUUCAAAUGAAUUAAUUUUAAAAAUGAGAGGCUGAUGUGGCGCCACAGGUGAAGCCGCACCCUGCCAGCCCUGCAAUGCUGGCGUCCCGCGUCUGAGCACCAGAUCAACUCCAUCUUGGAUCCAGCUCCCUGCUAAUGUGCUGGGGAAAGCGGUGGAGGCUGGCCCAAGUGCUUGGGUCCCUGCCACUCAAAUGGGAGACCUGGAUGGAGUUCUUGACUCCUGGCUUCGGCCUGGCCCAGCCCUGGCCCAGCCCUGGCCAUUACAGCCAUUUAAGAAAUGAACUAGUGGAUGGAAGAUCGAUUCUCUCUCUCUCUUUCUUUGUCACUCUGCCUUUCAAAUAAAUAAAGUAAAUCUUUAAAAAAAAAACAAGUUCAAAUAAAAAGUAAUCUAAAAA